AUGGGCUUGUAUAAAUUGUGGAAAGUAAAACGAAGGGCUGACAAAGCUCUGGCCAAAUUCGAAUGGACUGUCAUGAAUCUCCGAAGGUUAAUAUUUUCACCAUUGGCUAUAAUUUUGUUUGAUACGAUUUUUAAGGGAAAGAGCUGGAGAAGAAAGAAUAUUAACUUUUAAGCAAAAAUUGAAGAAAAAGUUGUCAUAUAUUUAUCCGCCGUGGAGGAAACGCGAACCUGUAACGUUUUAUGAGCGGAUUUUCAAACAAGGCACAAGGUUUAAAAAUCAAAUUUCAUUUUCCAUGUCUCUAUUUUCAGUGAAAAUGCUGUUGGAAUGCUUGUUCGGAAUAUAUUAAUGGUUGAACUUUUUGGGUUACUUAUCUACAUAAUUCUUGCUUUCAAAUAUGCGCAUUUUCCAGGAGUGUGAGUUUUUAUUGUAGUUGAAAGAAAACAAGUAGAAUUUUCAGUGUCGGUACAACAGUUUCAUUGAUUGUUCAUGUAUUCCUUUUUCAAACUUUACUUUUUCCAAAGGUUUCUCAGAGCAAAGAAUCGAGUUCUAAAUUUUUUUUUUAGUUGAUGUAUUACUUUACAAUCGCGGUUCACUGCAUGUUAAGCAACAAAAUUCGAGGAUUACUGGUGAUUCUCAUCAUGGUCAUGGCGUUUGAAGUUUGUUUAGUUUAUUUGAGUUCAAAAAAAAAGUAGAAGAAAAAGCUGGAAAAGGCGCAAAUUGGAAUUUCUUGAUUACCGUAGAAGAUAGGAGUCGACUGCAGAGGGAACAUUUUAUAUGACGACAAUUUUUGACAAACGGAAAUUUUUUUUGAUUUUUUACAUGUCACAUUUUCUGGAUAUAUCCUAGGGCCCAGCGAUGAACAUAGUUCAAAAUAUUCACGGCGUCGCUUCUGGAGUCGCCUGUCUUCAGGCCGACGUUUUAGGGGCUCAACACGAUUUGCAGAGUAAUUUGGCAGAUAAAGGGGCGGUUCGUCUUCUAAUUAUCAUUAAUAUUUUUUAGAACUAACAUGUAACCAAAAAUAACUAGAAUUCAAGUCAAUGGUGGCGCGAGUUCGAAAUGUAAUGUUAAAAGUGGCGGAGCCGGUGACAAAAUUGAAGAGAUUGAUUGGGAGGAUCGACGAGAAGGCCACGAAGUCCGAAUUAAUUUAGAAAAUGAUAAGUUUGAAGGUUUUUAAGAUUUGUCGAUGUGAUGCGGAGGAAUUACGCCAUCGUCUCAGGCCUUUCCAACGAAUGUCGUCGUCAUUUGGAAGGUCCUUUCACUAAAGUGAGCACUUGAGAUUCAUUUUUGAAGGGCGGAUCUGCUUGAGAAUUCCGGAUUACAUAUUUAAAAUCACGAAAAUCUAACUUUGGCCAAUUUAAUACUCAAAAAUAGGUUCUUCGCUUCGAGACCUUCGUGAAAAUACUCCAUGCGCCUUUAAAAAAGUUUUUUUUAUCUGAAAAAAAAAUCCGGCGUUAUUAAAGGAUCAUCGUCUCUCACGAUAAUCAAACAACGCGAUAGGGUACUGUAGGGGACUGAGUUAGCUUCUUGAAAUUCAAAAUCUUAAGAAUAGCUCCAGGUCGACUUUGAACAUGUGACCAUUUGAUUGCCAUCUCAAGCCCCUACCAAUUGAGCCAUCGCGCCUUUUUUUUCCAGUGCAUCAACUUUUUCGACGGAGGCUACACUUCCUGUAAAGACAAGGCGCGGUUCUUCGGCUCCCAAGGCGGCUCCUGUGACGUCAUCCUGGCGACUUCUUCGGUUGCGUUGCGUCGCGCGUCGCGGCUGACCCAUUCUCUUUAGAUAUGCGACAUCGCCAAGGGAUUUUCGACGUCGGUUUGCAAUUUCCCGCAGGCUAUCAAGAGAGGUUCGCGUCGCGAUGAAUGAAGCGGAACAUUUUUUUUUUGAGGGGUGAAAGGGGCUGUUAUCCCGUUUUAUGUCAACUUUUUCCAAGCAGUCGAGGAGAGCGUCAGGGUUCUGCUCACUUUUCACGUCCAGGCCGCUGAAUGGGUACUGUAUCUUGAUUUCAGCUGUGUUUUAGAGUAGGAGCUCAAAAACUUACCAAGGAAAAAAUUCAGUAAAAAAGGCGAAAUUGCGCUCCACGGGUAAACUUUUUUUUUCUUGCGAUUUUCAAGUUUUUCAUGCAUUUUUUUUCACAAGGGAUCGAGCGUCAGGAAAAAAAAAACAAAAAAUGAAGAAAAUCGGAAAUUUCGAAUCUUUAUCGUUCUUGGAGCAAAUAUUCCCUACGGCCUUUUUCCGGCUGAUUUUUAGUGACUACUUUUUCAAGAUCCAUUCCAAUUUCAGGCCUUCGAAAAAGUGAAGCCAGCUAUCGCCGUGCUCCGACAAACUGGCGGAGUCCGACUCCGAAGUAACAGCACCAAAGAAGGAAGCGAAAUUUCGGCCGAAGAUGACGCGACCAAAUCCUUGAGAAGCGUGCGUUUGCGGUCGCGUCGUGGUUACGAACCAUAUUUGGAACUGUCUGGCUUCUUUGGCCUCUCUUUCUUUUUAACAUAUGGUCAUUUCUGAGAGACAGAAAAGGUUAGGAAAAGCUAACUGUUCCUUUUGAGAAGACUUGAGAGAGAGAGGGUACAGACAAGUUAGAGGGUUUCAACUGGCGGCAAAUCUAAAAUAGCACUACUAGUUUAUACUCAAAGGGGCGUGGCCUGUUUGGGCUCUCCAUUAACCAUGCACUAUCUCUUCCCUUAUCGUGUCAAAACCCAUUUUUCGAAGACUGUCAUGAAUCAACUAUAGAUAUUUGAACUAUCUUGAUAGACUUUCAAUAAUGCUGAAAACGGCUCCUCGCUUCAAGACCUCUGUGAGACUUCCCUAUCUCCAGGCUUUAGAACAACCAAUAAAUAUUAAGAAUAUUUACAGUAAAUUUACUUCCAGAGCGUCAAAAGAAACCUGGCGGCGAUUGUUCAACAGUAUCGUAGCAUCAUCGGUUGGAUUGUACUGUUGUUCCGGUGGGGCGUACUUCCCGCGAUGCUCGCCUGGCCUUUUCUUUACGUUCGUCAUUUUUCUGAGCGAAUUAAAAAUCACGGAGUUGCUCUAUUCUUCGCGUUUUGGCAGUUAAAAAAAAGUUCCGAUUUCAUGCGUUGUGUAAACCGUUUUGCAUUGGCGCUUAAAAAGGACUUUAGAUUUAAGUGCUUAUCCCACAGCUGCGUUCGGUCUAUAUAAUUUUUCAGUAGGGUACAGGAUGCCGCCAAGCGAAAGUAGUUUCUGGUCGGACGCGCUGAAAAAUUGUUUUGCGUUUACGAAUUUUUAAACCGUUUUUGCGAUAUCGAAGCGUUUCAAGUCGUUUUGAAAGUCAGUGAAGCUUUUAGCAACACUAGAGUGGCCCCUAUAGGGCUAUGGGGGAGGGGAAAAAGUGCUCCCUACAUAAAAAAAGUGGUCCCUUGAGUGGAGCCUACCAGAGCCCUCAAGAUGCCCCUGUAGGGGCCACUCUAGUGUCCCUAAACUUGGUCAAUUUCAAGGCGAUCUUCUUCAUCUACCGCUACAACUACGACGACGACUACAAAAAUCGGUUCAUCACUGAGGAAUUUGAGAAAAUCGAUCAGGAUUUCGCUUUUCGAAAAACUGCCACCAAAGCUUUGCCUCUGACGGAUGAUGAGGGGAAAAUUGUGGGUUUUCACGGAAAUAGGCCAGCAAACACAAAAAAGGACUUGAGUCCAGAUAUUUUUUGGUUUUUCCAUCGAUUUUCUUCAAGAAAUUCGCUGACAGUUUUGAAUUCCCGCCAAUUUUAACCGCGACGCAAGGUGGACGCGACGCGGUUCCUCUUUUUUUCAGUACGUCCAUCGCGACGCCUGGAAGAUGACCCACGGUGAGAGGACCGGUUUCUGGCUUUUUGUCUCGUUGACUGUGCUCUCCUGCUUCACACCGUUCUGUAUCUGCCUUCUCGACGUCGGCGUCUAUAACGUGAGCCGAGUCGCGACAUGCGACGCGUCAAUUUUCUGAUUUUAGACGAUUUACGCCGUACAUGUGAUAGUGAACCUGACGCACAUCGAUAUGCCUUCGCAUUAUGAGCUUCAGGUGAAUAUUUGGGAUUUUUUCGGAAAAAAACCGCGUCGCGGUCAGAACAUUCUGAAAAACACGAAUUUUUAUUUUCGAUUUUAUUCCCGUUUCAAAUCUUGCUUUUAAUGAAAUGAAUUCGUUUCGGAAUUUCAAUAGGAAAGUACGCAAAACAGGAAAAAUCCGUAAGAAGUUUUCCGCGCAACCUUCAGUUUGAAAGAUUGUGCGCUCCAUGGCUAAUUUAAAAAAUUUGAAGUGAUUAUAAUUUUUGCCGACCUUUUCCGCUAUAUUUUCGUGAUAAGUGAUAAAAAGUGGAAUUUUCAAGAUAUUUUCUUUUUUUAAAUGUGGCAGAGUACUUUUCUCAAAUUUCUGGGGAGUUUUUCAGAGGCCUCUUUAGGGUUUUUUUAACUUUUUUUAGUGGCCACUUAAGCGGCUAAGACUUAUUGACCGCUUUAGAAGUUAAAUGGUACUAUUAGACUACUGAAAAUCACUAAAGUGGCCGCUGAGACGCAAAAUAGUGAGUUAAGGGGCCACUUUAGUGUCCUUGAGGAACCUCUUAAGUGGCCCCUAGAGCUUUUCGCAUUUCAUUAAAUAUUUUAUUCUUUUUCGCUGAAAUUCAGCGGAUUUUUAUGUAACUUGAAAUGUUUCUAGGUGUCCGGAAGCGGCUACAUUGCCAAGAUAAUGCGUGAAUUCUUGCAAGUUUUCUCGCCGUUGAAUAAAAGCCGUCCGGAAUAGGGAAGAAAUGUGAGAAACUUCAUGUUUUUUUAAUAGAAAAAAAUGAAUAUUUUUCAAGGUGGAGGAACUGUUUCAAAGAGCCCGAACCGCCGAAUUUUCUAGAGUUUGCCGUAAUGCUUGCCAUGUUCCUUGGAGCGUUGUUCUGCUGCCGGUUGAAGGUUGAAAUUUGGCAAAUUUCCAAUUUUUUUUGUUGUUUUUUUGUAGUUUUGUAGCGGUUCCUUCCAAAUUAUUUGUCCGAAAAAGCCGAAAAAAAGUAGUUUGGUAGCCUCGUCUUGAUAUACUUGAUAUACAGAAUGGUUCAUUUCCAUCAAUUCAUGGUUAUUUUGACAAAAGUGUGAGGAAGUGCUAGAGAUUUUUUGAAAUUCACAAAUUGGCUCUCUUUUUCGAAGCUUCUGUGCUCCAUGGAUAAUAUACCCUAUUUUUGAGUUUCCAUAUGUAGCAAUGGAGCGCAUUCGUUUUUUUUUGACAAAUUUUUGUAUUUUUUUGACUUUUUUUUUUAAAAAGUAUACUCUGUUCGAAAAGAUAAUCUUGCGGUUAAGUUUAAAGGAACAUAGGCAAUUUUUGAUUAAGGUCUCGAAGCGAAGAGUCGUUUUUAGAGGUUUUUAGGUGCUUUUGCUUCUUUGAAAAAUCAGAAAAAGAGUUUUAAACAACGAAUUUCCCUAUAAAUUCCUAUUUUUAUGUUCUCUUUAAUAUUCCCCCCUGUUCAGGUCUACUUUGGCCGCCAAACUCUGGCCCUUUGCGACUAUUAUUACCCGGACCGGGUUCGGAUCCGGGCCCUGACCCUUUACAACAAAAUUCUUCAAGAUCGGAAGAAUUUGCUGGCUGAGAUGAUGGGCCAUAGGAAGGUUGGCUUAUAGUCCGUUUUCCGCGACUUUAAACUGUUUUUUUCUCUGCGCCCUCCUCGUUUCUCGGCGGCCCUCUCGUAUUGAUAUGCUAUUUUCAUGUUUCUCUAACCUUGCCGGCGAGGGAACAGGGAGACGCAGACACUCGAAAAAUGUCAAGGGCGAAACUUCUCUGCACCCUCCUAGUCUCUCAUUUUGACAUGCUAUUUUCAUGUUUCUCUGACCUCGCCGGCGAGAGAACAGAAAGACGCAGACACUCGAAAGCGGCGAAUAGACUAGGAUAUACUUGAUUAAAAAAAAUAGGACUAUCCUGCUUCUAGGACGAUAUAAUGGGGAAGGACGACCUCGUGGUGAGAAGAACUCUGCAAAGUCGGGGCUAUUUGAGAUCCGACUGCACGAAAUGCAAGAAGAUGGACUUGAAAGUGGCUGAUCAGUCGUGAGUCACGGCGUUUUUGUUAGUGGAAGAAAAUGCAAAACCAAAAAUGAAGGGGACGUGGUCAAAGCCUCCGCCGUUCGCAUGGGACGUCAUGGAAAUAACAGAUAAUAUUAGAGGCGCAUAUACAAUAGGUCUUGAGACGAGUCGAAAAAAACGCGAUGUUUCUGUUUCAUUUUUUUGAAUGUUCUGAGGGAUUCCGCGAAACUUAAAAUAGCCGUCAGAAAGUAAAAAAUAUGAAAAACGGUAUGUGCGAGAGCGCCGCGGUGCAUGCAUACAACACACUUCACUUUACGGAAAUUCCUCAAAAAUUUCCCUUUUUCUCUAUGAUUUUCCCGGUUUAUUGACGAUUUUUCCUUUGUUUUUCUGAUAAUUUUGAACCAAUCCGAAAUUUUUUCCUAUGAAGAAAUGUCCGGAUCUGCAUCGCUUGCAACGCUUUCUACUGUAUCGAGUGCUUCUCUUUCACUUCGAAUUGCACGAAAUGCGACGACGAAAUGCAGAAUAUCGGCAACUUGGAGCUGUACUACGAGGAGGAGGAGGAUGAUCAGGAACAAGGUGAAAAUUUAGGAGAAAAGGCAAAAAUGAAGCAAUUUUCUAUGGAAGUUUGA